ACUCGUUUGCGGCCCACUCGCCACAUUUAAACGGGCCGGCCAAUCAGUCUUCAAUCAAGACGGUCACUUUCCGAUUGGCCAAUGAAAUGGAAGGUUCUGUCCCCAUCCCCAGCGCUCAUUUGGCGAACAAUUCCGGAACAGGCGUUAACCCCGGGCCGGCGGUGGCGAGAUGGCGUCCCUGGAUCGGGUGAAGGUGCUGGUGUUGGGAGACUCAGGUGUUGGAAAGUCUUCACUAGUUCAUCUUUUGUGCCAAAAUCAAGUGCUUGGAAAUCCAUCAUGGACCGUGGGCUGCUCAGUAGAUGUCAGAGUAUUAUUUUAGUACAUGACUUAACAAAUAAGAAGUCAUCCCAAAACUUGUAUCGUUGGUCAUUAGAAGCUCUCAACAGGGAUUUGGUACCAACUGGAGUCCUGGUAACAAAUGGGGAUUAUGACCAGGAACAGUUUGCUGAUAACCAAAUCCCAUUGUUGGUAAUAGGGACUAAACUGGACCAGAUUCAUGAAACCAAGCGCCAUGAAGUUUUAACUAGGACUGCUUUCCUGGCAGAGGAUUUCAAUGCAGAAGAGAUUAAUUUGGAUUGCACAAAUUCACGCUACUUAGCUGCAGGUUCUUCCAAUGCUGUCAAGCUCAGUAGGUUUUUUGAUAAGGUCAUAGAGAAGAGAUACUUUUUAAGAGAAGGUAACCAGAUUCCAGGCUUUUCUGAUCGAAAAAGAUUUGGAGGAGGAACAUUAAAGAGCCUUCAUUAUGACUGAAUUACACUCAUCCUUUGGAAGAGUGAACAAGCAGUGGCAGUUUUCACAGCUUUCAUCUUGCUGUGUUGAUUAUUAAUGUCGCAGUCCUAACGAAAUCAUCUUAAAAUGCCACCCUUCAGCCUCACCCUUUAAUGGAAAACAGAGGAGUGACAGCGUGGGAGGGCCAAACUUUGUCCCUAUUCCCUCUGUUCCUCACCUUUCUGCCCCUGCUUGUAGGUUAUAUAAAAGCCUUGUGGAAAUAUGAGAUGUUGUCAAAAUGAUGCAGUAAAUGAGUAGUGACAGAGUGCUGCAGAGAAAUUUUACUCUUGCUUGGAACUGGAGGGUUUUUAUGGCUCUGUAAUUUUCCCAUACUUAUUGCUGAAGGCUUAAUUAAGUACUUUAAAAAUGCAUCUCUAUUGUUUUACCUUCUUCAGGGGAAAGGUUAUGUUAACCAGUCCUGAGUUGUCCACCCCAAACAAUCUCUGUCAUUUUCAAAGAAGCAAAAUUGUGUUAAUUGUCUCCACCCUCAUCACACACAAAAAUGCCUAAUAAUAGCAACCCUUGUCUUCUUUCCUCUCCUUUACAAAUGGCUCAGUGGCUAGAAGAGGCGGACUAAUAGCUGGAGUUAAAUAUAAAUAGAUUAAUAAUACACAGAGAACAGCAGCACAGAAAAGAAGAAUUCUAUGAGAAAUUGACAGCUCACUAAAUCCUUCACUCUUUACAGGUUACAACUGUCUCACUCUUUCUCUUUUCUGUUUGGAAAUAGGUAGGGUGAGAUCUAAGAACUGCACAAGGGUAGUAGAGAUAUUUACAGUCUCUUCAGUUUUUAUUUUUUUUUAAAGGAAAAGUCAACUCCUGAAAUGUCCCUUUACUGUAGCCAGUAAACUAAGAAUAUUAUUCUUUGUGUCUAAGUCUAUUUAUGGAGAGAAGUUAAAAUAAGCACCACAGCAACACAUUUACAUGAAUUAUGGUCUAGGAUUCUUGCACUUCACAAUCCAAAAUUGGGGCAGGGGGAGGGGGUAUGUGUAUGCGUAAUUGUUCGUUGGUACUUUUUUUUUAACCCAUCUUUCUUACUUGUUUAGUUCUCUCUGUCCCAGUUCUUAUUUUAAUAUAUAAACCUGCUUUCCAAAAACUAUAAUUGGCUGCCUUAUUCAACACUUUUUCACCCAUGUUUUUUCUCUUGGUUCUGCUGCAGGUCUUUACACUCCUGAUUGUGCUCCAUAUUAAAACAUAAUAAUAAUAAAUAUACAGUUUCACUUCUCAU